CGUUAAAAUGAAUUUACUCCAUUCGCUUUCAGGCGGGAUGUUUUGCGGGGCGAUCAAAACAUUGCUGGAUUCCUUAAGCCUUGUCUUCUAAGAAGGGAAAAACGAGGUUUUUGUUUUUCUCCAAAUAUAGUUACGUCAUCUUAGUCGUGUUACUAUUUUAUUUGCCUAUACAUAAACUUUUUUUGUGAAAGCGAUUAUGGCUGGUGACUGAACACAAUAAUUAUAGGCUGCUAGGGUGUUUUACCUGUUCUGUUAAUAAUCUCACGAUUCUUAUAAGCAUGGAGAGACCCUCCAGGAAUAAGAAAACUGUUAAUUAUUCUGAAUUUCAACAAGAUGCUGACGAUGACGACUUCACCUCUGUGAAAGUGCCACCCACCAAAAAGCCCCGAAAGUCCGUAGGAGAGCCGGAGCGAGAGAAGAAAGCUGAAAGUAAAACGAUUACAACCACAAGCCAGGGGGCCAACUCGCAGCAAACGGCCCCUAAGUCGAGGCUAUCUGUGGAUGAGAAAAUGUACGAACGCAACUUGGAAGCAGCUCUUCAGCUGUCCAUGAUCGCUUCGGCUGCGGCGGCAGAAAUCCCUGGAGUCAAUGAGAAUCAGCCUCCCCCUGAACUGGAUGCGAAGGCUCUGUCUCCGCUGCUGUCUAACUGCAGUGUGGACCCCAGCUUUUUGGGUCUGGAUAAGAUUACAGAUGAGGUGGGGUCCCACAGCACCCCCUCCAGGCAGAGAAAAGCAGCAUCCAAGGCUGCUGAGCAGCAGAAGCGAAUACUGAGUGCCGGGAGGGACAGCGGUGCUGAGAAUGAAGGGGAUGAGGAUUAUCAGCCCACUUGCACACCAGAUGCCGAUUCCGAUAGCGACGAAGACUUCGCCGAGGACGGCGAGAGCGAAGAGGAGGAGUUCACGAUUACGAAAAGCAGAAGUGUGAAGAAGGGAGGGAGUAAGAAGCAGACAGCCAGCCGCGCGGGGGGCUCGGGGAGUGAGGGGAAGCCCCGCAAGGCCGCCAAAGCGAAAGCACAGCCAGCAAAGACUCCCACGGUGUGUCGCGCUGCAGCUCCUUCAAGACCAGCUUCUGUGCCCAACAUAUCGAAACAUGCAGUACCCAUCAGUCCAGCAGGGGGCAGACUGGCCAAAUGGAAUCCACCUGGUCAAAUUGGGCGUAGUCCUACCAUCACAUCGAAACCUCAGGGGAAGUCUCCUGUUCAGGGUCUGAGACUCGGGCUGUCCCGUCUGGCCCGGGUGAAACCCCUGCACCCCAGUCUGGCUCCCUGACAUUCUCUUGUGUGUUAGAUACUGUGUUUGUGUGUCUGGGGGGGUGUUUUGUGCUUUUAGAGUUAUUUUUAAUUGACAUUAGGUUAUAUAUAUUGUAAUAUUCCACUCUACUUUUAAAUUAAAUUUCAAAAGCUGUAUCUCAUCUGUAUCCCAGAGCAGCUGACUCACUAAAGGUUCCUUUAAGGGAUGACAUAAAACAAGCCUUUUCAGCUGUUUUGCUUGCCUCAAAUUCUGCGCUUUGUGCUGUGGAAUGGUGGACUCUUUAAUCCGAGUUUCAGUAUAAAAUGAACAAUACCUGGACAUUUUAUAAAUAGCUUUAGUUGCGUUGCCUGGGUACAGAAUUUAGCUGUGUCUGCAUGGUGCACCAGCUCCCCCUGCUGGGCUAACAUGGAAUUUUAAACUCUUUUUUACAUCUGAAGUAAAUGGCGCAUUUAUAAAUGUACGUCCUCAUUCUGUCAAAUUCGCCGUGUGAGAGCUACAGCUAGUUACUGUUUUUGUUUUCUCUUGACUACCGCUUUCUCUGUGUAUGUUUGUCAAACUUUUUUAUUUUUUAAAAGAAUUUAAUAAAGAUUUAUUAUUUGGAA